UCUUCCGGCAGCUUCCUGCUUUAAGUUCAUAACGGAGAACCCGAUCUCCGCAGACAAAAGCGGACGAGAAUCCGACUAACGAUAAUUUCUGCAAUCACUUACCAGUCUAUUAUCAUUCCCACAACCUGAUUAGACCAGUUCUUAUUAUUAUAAUCUGAUCUAACGCAGGAUUUGCUGAAGAGCCGGAUCGAACAAUCACCUCACUCGAUGCUCAUCUGGUGUCAUCGCUAACAAUCGUCUGUACAGACACUGACUGUUCGAGCUCAGGGGGUUGAGGCAGAGAUCAGUCAGAGAUCAGAUCUAAGACGAGACGCGGGAAUGUCUGCUAUGAGGACGGAAGAUGCUGCUGACGGGAAGAGCACAGCUAAUGGAGGAGGAGUCGUCUGUCAGGAGGGAGGUGUCACCGUCCUCAGGCCUACAGAUCUCUCUGAGAUGUUGGCGGCAGGAACCAAAGAAGUUCACGAGAAGGCCGAAAACACAGAGUUUGUCAAAGACUUCCUGAGAGGACGCAUCCGUAAAGAGCUCUUUAAGCUCGGCCACGUGGCUUUAUACUUCACAUAUUCUGCGAUGGAAGAGGAGAUCGAGAGAAAUAAGGAGCAUCCUCAUUUCGCGCCGCUCUACUUCCCUCACGAGCUGCACCGGCGAGACGCUCUGGCUCGGGAUCUGCAGUACUUCUACGGCGAGGACUGGCAGAACCAGAUCAGCGUGUCUCCCGCGACUCAGCGCUACGUGGAGCGCAUCCAUCAGGUCGGCCAGGACGAGCCCGCGCUCCUCGUGGCUCACGCUUACACCCGCUACAUGGGCGACCUCUCGGGCGGGCAGGUGCUGAGGAAGGUGGCCCAGCGCGCCAUGAAGCUGCCGCCCACAGGAGAAGGCCUGAACUUCUACGAGUUUGACAACGUCCACAGCGCCAAGGCCUUCAAGCAGCUGUACCGCAGCCGGAUGAACGAGCUGGAGCUGGACACGCACAUCAAGCAGAAGGUCGUGGAGGAAGCCGUCCUGGCCUUUCAGUUCAAUAUGGAGAUUUUUGGAGAACUGGGGGAGGUUGGAAAGACCCUUGAGGACGAUGUUUUGGAUGCUGCUCCUGCUCAUGGCGCUCAUGACGAGAUGCAAGGAGACAUCAGCAAGUGUCCGUAUUAUGCGGCCAAAAUGGCUGCCAGCGGUGGAUCAUCUUACAUCUGUCAGAUGGCAAAGACCAUGCUUAGAAAUCCCUCCGGUCAAGUUAUAUUGGCCGCUUGGAUCGCUGCUCUCGCCGGAUUGGCUGCUUGGUACCUCAUGUGACCUCCUGUGACCCGAUGAGAGGAGAAAAGGGUCAAAUAAUAGAUGAGAACAAACGGUUUGUUCUGCUUUAAAGUCGUGAGGCAUUCCAACGCAUUUCCCUCUUAGUGCAUCCCAUUUGCCCCCUCAUUCUUGGGUAAAUGUGAUUAAUUCUUAAUGUAUGAACAUAGACUGUUUAAACGCAGGACAGCACCUGUCAGUAUUGAUGAUCUUAAAGGAAUAGUUCACCCAAAAAUGAAACUUAGCUGAAGCUUACUCAACCUUAGGCCAUUAAAAAUGUAGAUGAGUUUGUUUCUUCAUCCGAUUUGGUCACUUGCUCACCAAUGCGUCCUUUGCAGUGAAUGGGUGCCGUCAGAUUGAGAGUCCAAACAGCUGAGAAAAAUAUCACGAUAAUUCACAAGUAAUCCACACUACUCUCUCAAUUAAUACCUUAUUGUGAUGCUUUCAUCAGCUGUUUGGACUCUCAUUCUGAUGGCACCCAUUCACUAUAAAGCAUCCAUUAGUGAGCAGGUGCUACAUUUCUCCAAAUCUAUUCCAGUAAACAAACUCAUCUACAUCUUGGAUGGUCUGUGGGUGAUAAUUUUCACCAAUGUUUUAUUUUUGGAUGAACUGUUCCUUUGGAGAUGACUUAGAGCUGCAGAAAUUUGCAUAAUGUUAUUUUUAUAGUUUUAACACAAUAUCGAGUCAAUUUAUGGGCCGAAACAUACUCUACGCAAGUACCUGAACGCAACAGCUUAUGACUACGCAAACUUGAUUUCACACGUCAUAGCAAUCGUGUUGCAUUCUCAUUCGUCACCAUAGGGGGCGCUAUUAGUGCAACUUGAUGACUUGAUUCCUCAGUCAGGUUCUUAUUGGUUUAAUGACAGAUGUGUAAAGGAAACACUUGAGGUUUGGUAUUGCAACAGUACAGCACUUGCGAAACAUUCGCAUACUUGUGGAGAGUAUGUUCGUACAGAAAAGUACAUGAUGGCCCAUUUGUCAGUCAUGCUUUUAAAUAAGAUGUACUAUGCAUACAUGCAGCAUUUACAAAGAAAAGCAGUACUUCUGCAGGCCAGACUACUGAGACGCCAUGUCAGGAAAUGACUGGCGCAACGGUUGAAGAAAAGCCUUUUUGAGGAAGUUUAGAAUGUAAAAGAUGGAAGAAUUGCACCUUAAGGUCAUUUUUGUCUCAUUAUUACACAUAUGUUACAGGUUAUUCUAAACAGAUGGUCAAAGCACAAGAUUUUUGAGGUUUGGUUUCACUGAUGAAAGAUUUCUGAGCCAGAAUUAACUAGUUUUUACUAGUGGUUGAUCUGAAAUUAGUUUUCAGUGGCCAGUGAUAUCUAUAUACACUUCCAGUCAAAAGUUUUUGAACAGUAAGAUUUUUAAUGUUUUUUUAAAGAAGUGUUUUGCUCACCAAGCCUGCAAUAAUUUGAUCUGAAAUACAGCGAAAGCAGUAAUAUUUUGAAAUAUUUUUACUAUUUAAAAUAAGUGCUUUAAAUUUGAAUAUAUUGUAAAAUGUAAUUUAUUCCUGUGAUUAAAGCUACAUUUUCAGCAUCAUUACUCUAUUCACAUGAUCCUUCAGAAAUCAUUCUAAUAUUCUGAUUUGCAGUUCAAGAAACAUUUAUUAUCUUUUUUUAUUAAUUAUCAUCAAUAUUUAAAACAGUUGAGUACAUUUUAUCAGGAUUCUUUGAUGAAUAGAAAGAUGCAAAGAUCAGCAUUUAUUAUUCAGAAACCUGAAAAAAUUCUACUUGUCUUUUUUUUUAACAUAAUAAUAAUAAAAAUAAAUGUUUUUUGAGCAGCAAAUCAGAAUGUUAGAAUGAUUUCUGAAGGAUCAUGUGACUGAAGUAAUGCUAAAAAUUCAGCUUUAAAGUCACAGGGAUAAACUGUAUUUUAAAAUAUAUUAUAAUAGAAAGCAGUUAUUUUAAAUAGUAAAAAUAUUUAAACAUUUUACUGUUUUUGCUGUAUUUUGGAUGAAAUAAAUGCAGGCUUGGUGAGCAGAAGAGUCUUUAAAAAACAUUAAAAAUCUUACAGUUCAAAAACUUUUGACUGGUAGUGUAUCUGUAUCUCUAUCUAUAUAAUUACAUUAUUAUUUGAAUGCAAUUAAAAAAAGAACAAUGCUGAAUUAGCAUACUGUAUUUGUACAAGGUAAUGAUUUAAUGAUAACAAUGUUAUUAACAUUUAUGGAUGCAAUAAUUUCAUUAAAAGUAGACUUAUUAAUGGCUUUGUUCCAAUUGAUGUUACAUAUUAACAAACUAGCAUGUGCAAUGUUCACCAAGGCACUGUGACAUGAUGAUUCAUUUGAAAAGGAUUGUUGGGGUUUGUGUAUCCGUCCUCAUUUACUGAUGGACUAACAGUGUUUUUCUCAGAAAUGCAUAUAUGAUUUAGUUUUAUAUAAGAACUAACACAAUCACAUCAUUAUACUGAUGAAAACUGUUCUUGAAGAGCGUUUGUGUUUCACCAAAUCCUGAGGGACCGAACGUGCACAGCUUUGAACAGGACUUCGACUUUUUGAACCAAAGGAAAUGUUACUUUGCAUUACUAAUCAGAUUAAUAAAUGGACCGCCAUGUAUGUUUUUAGCAUAAUUGGUUAUGUUUGGGUUUUAUGCACAUUUUGUGUUUUGAGUACUGACAGCUUUUAGGCUUUUUAAAGCACAUUAAGAGGAAUAGUGUUAAUAUACAGUACAGUGUUUUUAUUUAGACAUUGUGUAGUUAAUGAUUAUAAAUUUAAUACUGUAAUAAUAAUACUGUAUUAAUUUUCAGGUUAAGAAAAGGUUUUUGGGAGGUUUCUUUUGAUUUAUUUUUUUUAGUUGUAUGUUUAUUUUCUCUCCAGCUCUAUGUUCACUAUCAUGAGUAAUAAAUUCACAACUGUGCUGCA